AAAAGUAUGUGAAAGACUAAAGUCAAAGUAAAUAUAGAUUUAGAAUAGUAGUUAUAUUUUACUAACCGAAAUACCGAAAAAAACCGAACCGAACCGAAACCAACCCGAUAUCCGGAUUGAACACCCCUAAUCCAAAUGAAACCAAACUAUUGUUUCAUUCUCCAAAAUAUAAUAAAAAUAAUAACUUAAUCCCGCGCAAGGCGCGGAUCUUAUCCUAGUAUACUAGUAUUUGUACAUAUCUCUUCCCUUUAUUCCAUUACUUAUCAGAAUCUUACCUCUAAUUCCAUUUAUAUUUCUCUUAGGAUAAAAUUAAAUAAAGCACCAUCUCGAGUCUUCACUCGUGUGGAUUCUAAUGCUGCAACUGUCGUUUUACAAAAGGUUUUUGUAUUAAAAACCCAUCAGCUGUUGUUAGGUUUUACAAUGCUCUUAACCGUUUGAUGUGACUGCGGAUAAUAAAAGUGGACACGGUCUUUACCAAGUUCUGAUAAAGGAUCUCAAAGCAUAAGAGUACUAGAUGCUUCAAUUAUUUAACCAACUUGGUAACUUCUUUUUCUCUUCCACAGAUUAUUUUCAUUUACAUAAAGUGGAAAUUAAAAGGAAGAGACCAAUGAUUAUGCUCUCCACCAUUUCAGAACUCAAAAUACCUAUAUCACAAGUGAUCUAAGUAGGAAGAUCCUCUAAAUCUUCAAAAGAGUAAAUUAUCUUACAAGUUUUUGAAAUAAUUAUAACGUCCGACCGCCCACGGUUAAUGGGCCACCCAUGCCCGCUCUCUCGCUCUCUCGGGAUGUUACAAUAAUACUUUAAGCUAUGUUAUAUUCGUAGAUACAUAUCUCACAUGCCAUCUCAUAUCAUUUGCUACACAGCUGUGCAUGGGAAACACUUUGCUUCCUCAAGAAAAAAAACAUUUUUUUUUUGCCAAGGACAAAAAAAAAACAUUUCUUCACAUCAUAUAAAAUAGUAAUUAGAUUUGUUGAUCUGGCAGUGUGAAUGACCAUUAGCAAAAACUCAAAAAUGUCCAUUGCAGCGACAGUUUAAUGAUUCUUUGCAGUGUGACUCAUGUCUUUCGACUCGUCAUAUCUUGUAGGAGUACAUGAAAAAGUUGCAGCAUGCCCACGACACAAAAACCAACCAUUCAAAAAAAGGCCAGAUUCUUGUGAUAGUCUGAGAAUCUUAUACCACUAUUCCUGUGUAACCACCAGAGAAUAUAUAUGCGAUAACACUGAUUUUUGUAAAUAUAUCUGUCUUAUCCGGCCGACUUAAUCAAGUAGACUGUAAGUUCGUUUUCAUAUAGGAAAUCUUUAGUGUCUGGUUAAAAUAUAUGGAUAGAGACAUAUAGAAGGAUCAGGCUUAACCUCUAGUGAAUUCUCCAUCGUCUAUAUAGAAGACAAGUAUCUUCGCACGUUGUUCUUGUUGUUAUAUCUACAAAACGGGUUACAUUUUCAGACAAAAGUUGACAUUAGAGGCAUCUUUUCCAACGUCACAUUUAUAUACUAAAUGCUCUAUUUUUUUUUUCUUACACAUUUUUUUAUACAGAAAAAUUAUAGUAAGACCUUUGGUGCAUUUAAUUUCGAGAACUUGAUUCGAACCUAGAUCCAAGAAGACUAGACAAGAGGAAGCAAUUUAAGAAUACUUAAGAAAUUAGAAUUUUAUUUUAUCAUUGUUUCUUGAUGUGUCGAAAUUCGAGAGUAUAGAGACAUUUUGGAAGUUUUUUGUUUGGUAAUUGAAAUGAUAACGAAUAAAAAAAUUCAAUAUUUGCUAGUAUACUUAAUAACUAAUUAUUAUUUAUCUGGGUUUUGUGAAAUUACAUAAACACAAGUAUAUAUAUUUAUAUAUCUUAUCAAAACAGAAAUACUAUAUGAAAUUAAUCUUACAUUUAUGUGAUAUUUUAUAGAAAAUUCAAUUGAUUUUAAAAACUUUAAUUAAAGAUAAUUUGACCAUUACUUAUAAAUUAAACGAUUUCUGCAUAAAAGAAUGUACCACUACAAAUGAGAUAAUUUUACCAUUCAAUAAUAUUUUAAAUGUUUCUAUAUUUCCUAUUUAUUAUAACAGAUUUUCGGAUUUUUAAAAUUUUAAUUAAAUUUAUAAUUUUUCUUAAAAUAUUAUAAUUAAAUAUUAAUUCAGUUUUAGAUUUAGAAACUAUAACAUUAAAAAUUCUAAAAUAUUAUAAAUAAAUAUUAAUUCAGUUUUAGUUUUAAAACGAAAAUUAAAAUUUGUAGAAUAUUUACAUUAUCAAAUAGGUAAUUAUACUAUCUUUAACUAUCAUUUAUUAAAUUUUAACAAUUAAAUAUUAUAAUAAAGAUUUUUUUUAAAAAUAGGUGUAUUAUAUUUUAACAAUUUUAAAACCGUUAAAACGACCUCUAAACAACAAAGACCAAAGAUCCGGAAAAGUAGAGCACAAGAGUACUCAAAACUUGAACCACCAAAAAAAUAUCCAGACUACUAAACAUUAGAGAAAGAUUACGAGUGGAAAGAUUCGCCAAAAAAGUUAUUGAACAUUAGAAAGGAGUUCGUGCUGAGCCAGUCAUAGAAAUUGUUGUUGCAGUUAGCCGCUAUCAGAUAUCACUUUCACACACUCGUCAUCACCAUCAAAACAAUGAUCUUACUCAACAAGCCCAACAGUUUAAGCACCUCUAACCCCUCUCACUGCUAUACACCACCCUUCAACUCACUACCUGCUCCCUGUUUCGAUGAGAAUUGAGAACCAAUCAAAGAAUAAGCUACAUUCACAAACAGGAAAGUGAAAACCACAACCCUUGAAAAAAAUGAUGAGACCUAUUUUCAAUAAAACUAGACAUGCAUAAAUACAGAGAUUCACACACUGCCUAGACAGAGCCGAGAUGAGAAGAAGCCCUAAUCCACCACACCAAUUGUUCUCAAAACAAAUUCAAAACAACAAAUGAACCACCGGCGAAAAAGAAAAGAAAUAGAAAAACAACCUUUUAGACCAUCUUUAAUGAGAUUCUAUUUUUUUUUCUAUAAUUUAUACCAAAAUAGAGUAACUCUAUUAUAUCGUAACGUUUGUUCUAACGGUGUUACUCUAUAAUAGAGUUAUUGUAUUGUUACUCUACUAUUGGCAUUGCCUCUGCGCAAGCGUGGAGUUGUGGACAAAGUUCUUGUUUCAUCUCAAUAUUUGUUAGGGUUAUUGUAGCUGUAAAUUUUGCGUUUUGGGUUGAUUAUUGUUUUUCAAGUUUUUUUAUUGUUAUAGGGUUAGAGUUGUGAUGAUGAACUGUGUAUGCAUUGUUCUCCAUUCAUGAAGGUAUAAACUGUGUUAGUAAUGUGAUUGAUAUAGUACAUGGUGUUGAUUGUUGUGUCACUAAGACUUAUUGUUUGUUUGUGUUUUUAAUUUGUUAUUUGUAUUGUUGAAAUUACAUAAAUUAUAUUAAGGCUAUUGAGAGUACUUUUUGUUUAUGGAUAUUUUUUCUCCAGUUUAGUUGUGUAAGUUGUGUGUAUUAAGUAAUAAUUUUUUUAUUCUUAUUAUGUUGGUUAUAUGUUUUUUUAUUUUUAAACUUGUUGCUUUUACCAGACCUUUAAAACAAAUACAUGAAGACUUGUAGAAAUAAUUAUAAAAUGAGUGACAGUUAGUAUUUGGGCCUUAAUGGAUUUUAAACGAAUAUAUCUAUUUCUCAUAAGAAGACAAUAGCAUUGGCCUGUUGACAUUGAUCAUGUAAGCUAUUUUCAAAAGACAAGAGGAGUGAGCUGGUGGAGAUGUUGUUGCCGCCUUUGUGUCUGUUGGGAUUGUCUCUUGUAUCUCAUGGUGUGGCUGUGUUUGUUUCUCUUUUAUUUGAUGGAUAAUAUGUAAACAAAAAUCAUUGUUAGCUGUAUUUAUCAGAGUUUGCAACUUACUUUGUUUUUUGUUUAGGUAAUUUCACUGAUCUUGGUUGUCGUCUUCGUCUUCUUCGUAAGCAUCUGUGAAAGUAAGUUUGUAAAUUGUUAAAUAACUGGCCGUGUAGUUGUAGUUUUCUAGCUGGCUCAAUAUAUGUGUCGUUGAGUUUUAGUUGAGUUGAUUAGUUUGGUAUAUUUGUAAGAUUAGACAAAAAGAAAGAAGAUCAUUAAUGAUUCGUCUUUUUUGGGAUUCUAGUUUUUAGUGUUUUGAUUGUUUGGGUUAUUGUAGUUUCUUUUAAGCUGUAAAAUAAAUAUUUGUGUAAAAUUAGAUUGAUAAGUAAGGGAGAUAAAUAGACGACCAUAAAUUUUGAGUAGGAGAUAUUUUUGAUUAUUGAUGUUAGCACAAUAUAGAUAGUAAUAUAAAGGAAAUUAUGUGUUGAUUGUUUCUUACGGAUCAAUGAAGAGACGGAUAACGACUCGAGUUAUUUCUUUGGUGAGGUAAGAGCCCUGGACAGAACGGUUUUAUCCAGGGGACGGAUAACGACUCGUUCACUGGGAUGAGUUUAACCUGAAAAAUUAUAAUAUUCACUUGUAUAAUAUUUUUCAACAAAGAAUCAGGAAAUCAAUUAAAACAAUUAGUUAAAUGAGUUUGAUAUAUCGAAGAUAACUUACCUUUUCAUCAAGGAAGAGAACCGUGAUUCCUACAAACUCCCUGUCUUUCUUGAAGUUCAGGGAAUCUCAGAAGCGGAGGAAGCCAAAGGCUAUGCUCUGACUACUACAACCAAGACGGAAAAACUCGAAGGUUGAGUUACGGACGCCGGUUUGAGGAAUUGGAGAGGCAGAGAGAAACAUUUUUUUAGAAGAUGGUUAAAGCUAAGAGGAAUCAAUGAGUUUUGUGGAGAUGCAGAUUGGAUUCAUCAAAGAUGAGAAUCAUAUACAGUAUAACCUCUUUAAAUUAAUACUUUAUUUUUUUUUGAAUUAUACAGAGGUAUUCUGGCCCCAUAGAAGUGAUCCAGACUAGUCACGUGUUGGCACGUGUCGGUCUUCUAUCCCUGGCGAUGCCGAAAUGUUAAUUCCCCAGUGGCCGGGAUUCGAACCCAGGUGGUGGUACUCACAGCUGUAAGCCCUUUAAAAAUUAAUAUACACUAAAAGUCUCUAUAAAAUAAUAUAAUUUUAUAGUCCUAAAUUGAGUUUUUGGUUCAAUUAGUAUAUCGAUAAAUUAAUAUAUUUAUAAAUUAAUAAAAAAAUUAUAGUUUUGGUGUAUUCCCAACAUUAUUAAUUUAUAAAGGUUUCACUGUAUAUAGGGUUUACAGAGGGGCUACAAAUCAUGAACAUUUACGAUCAAGCGAUUUAAGAUGGGGACAUGAAGAGUUCACCGGUGAAAAAAAUAGAUUACGAACAUACACACGGCGCAACUCUGUAACUCAGACUUGUUUGAGACAAUGAUGAAAAGAACCCAAACUCAUGCUAAACGACAACAGUUUAUAAUAUGGGAAAACUAUAAUUGUUGCAAACUUGAGCUUUUUUCAUAUAACAAGAUGAAUCCUAUUUAAAAAUAAAACUCAUAAUACACUAGUAGGUCCGAUCCUCAGAGGAAGCCGACGAAGUAAGGGCUUCCAACUUUCAUAAAUAUAUAUUAGGUUCGGCCAUCAAUGUACAAAGUAUCAUUUAGCUUAGUGUUAUAAAUGUUGAUGUUUAUAUCUCAAUAACCCGGGUUCGAACAAUGAGCUUGACACUUUUUCACACUUCUUAAAGUGGGGCCCACAAAAUGCUGACGUGGCACACUGGGGAGUGAUCAAAAACUCAACUUUUAUAAUAUAGAUUAUAGAGUGAAAUAUAGAGGAAUGUCACUUUUGAACUCAAAAUAUAUAAUAAAACAUGAUAUUUCUCUAUAUUUUAGUAUACACCAUUGGAGCAAAAAUUACACUAUAAUAAAAUUUUUCUAUUUUAACGUGAAUUAUAGAAGAAGAAAAAUAUAAUCUCAUUGGAGAUGAUCUUACAGCUUCCAUGAAAAUGUUGGGAACCAAAAAGAUGGAGACGAGAGUUGACAGAAAAAAUCUUAUUUUAAUGAAAUGGUGAAAAAUGUUACAAAAAAAAAUGGAGAGAAAAGUAAAAAAAUAAAUUAAUAAUAAUUUUUCACGAUUUUAAAAUGUAGAUAAAAAGUUAAAUAAAUUAUUAUUUCACAUAACAUACCUACGAUAAAGUUUCGUUGCACCCACCAAUUCAGCGAAACAAAUGCAAAGGAAAACAUAACACUGAAUUAUAAAUUUAUAAAAAUUAGUUCAAAAGAAAAAAAACACUGCACUAAAAAUGAACCUUUAAAUUUGGAAUUGAAUUUUCUCAAAAUAGUUGGAAUUAAAUAUACUUAAACAGGUGUACCAAGAGGUGUCAAAGGAAGAAAAAACAACAACCAAAGAAGGAUCUGAUUCUUGUAAUAGUCCCUUUUUGGCCACUGAAUAGAAGACCCAACACAUAGCAGUGGAGCUAUAUUAUAAGUUUUUCCUUUUUGCUAAUUUCAGAAAAUGAGAAUAUCAUAUUAUAAAAUAAAAUAAAUUUCUUCUUGUUUCUUUUAUUAGUUUAUUCUCUUGUUUUUAAAAAAAAUGUAUUAUAUAUUAUUCUCCAUGUUUGUGCAUUAUUUUUCUCUUGACCUUUCUAUAUACAAAAUGAAAACGAUAUACUAAUUAAGAGUCCGAUUUAACUAUUUAGUACUUUAUUUUUUAAAAAGUUUUAUGCUUUAAUUUCAGAGGAAAAAUUAUGAAACUUUUGUUUUCACUUUUUAACUUUUUUUUGAAAUAUUUUUAUUAUAAUUUUGAAGUACACAUGUAUAUGAAAUGCCUUAAGAAAUAAUUCUAUCUGCUAUAAGAAAUUACGACUGUCAGAAUUUAUCUCUAUUUACGACAAUGAACAUUUUAUUUAUCUCGUGUUGAAGAUUAAUUUUGAAAAUUUUCUAAAGCUAUUUCUACUAGUUUACAAAAUUCAGAUUGUUUGGAAUUUGAAUCGAACCGUAAAUAAAUUCACGCAAAACAUUAACCAAAAUACUCCCUCUGUUCCUAAAUAAUCUAUGUUUUAGAAUUUUCACACUUAUUAAGAAAACACUUAAAAUUUUGAUAAUAAAUGUAUGGUUUUCUGUGUUUAGCUAUUUCCUAUGAUUUUUAACCAAUUAAAAUUCAGUAAACACAAUUAAUGUUUUUGAAAUUUACAAUUUUCUAUUAUUACAUACAUUGAAAAUGUAAAAUAUGGAUCUUUUAGAAACAAAAUAUUUUUCUAAAACAUGGAUCAUUUAGGAACGGAGGGAGUAUAUGUUAAU